AUUAAGUAUGUUUAGCCUGCCUUCAGAUCUGCAACUUACCAGGGUUCCACUUUCGCCUGUUCAACGGCUCUCCAACUAUGCGAGAUUAUUGAAGAAAUUGUCUCAAGUCUCAACUCUCAAACUUAGACAGCCAGAAAAGUUCAAUUUGAUACUCCAAAAAAACCGGACUUAGUGAUAAACUUUUUCAAGAGCAGUGGCUUCACAGAAACCCAAAUUUUAGACCUCAUCAGACAGCGCCCAAAACUUCUUUUGUGCAAUCCUGAGAAAACCCUUCUGCCAAAACUUGAGUUUUUUCACUCCAAAGGCGUUUCAAGUUGUGAUCUUGCAAAACUUUUUUGUCGGCGACCUAAUGUCUUACGAAGGAGCUUAAAAAAGCAAAUAAUUCCUUCCUUCCAUUACCUUAGUAACUUGCUUCAAUCUAGUGAAAAGGCUAUUACUGCUAUUAAACACUCUCCAAGCAUUCUUUGUUGUGAUCCUCAAAAAUGGAUUGAACCUAAAGUCAGUUAUUUGCGAGAUAAUGGUGUGCCUGAAUCGAAUAUUGUAUUGUUAUUUAGUAAUUGGCCUUACAUAGUUAUAAAGGACUCUGGUCGGUUUGAAGAGACUGUGGACUUGGUAAAGAAAAUGGGUAUAAAUCCUAUAAGGUCACAGUUUGUUAUAGCUAUUCAUAUAAUGUUGGGAAUUCCCAAAUCUCACUGGGAUAAGAAGAUUGAUGUUUACAAGAGGUGGGGAUGGUCUGAGGAAGAGAUUCUUACAACAUUUCGAAAGAAUCCUUGGUGUAUGAUUACAUCUGUGGAUAAGAUUAUGGGAGUGAUGGACCAUUUUGUAAACAAAAUGGGUUGGGAGCCUUCUGUCAUUCUGAAGCAGUCAAUUCUUUUGUCACUUAGCUUGGAGAAGAGAAUAAUUCCCCGUGCUUCAGUUCUCCAGUAUCUAUCAUCCAAAGGUUUGCUUAAGAAUAAUCCUUAUAACCCGGUUACAUCGUUUCGACUUCCUGAAGAAACCUUCUUGCAGAGAUUUGUGAAUCGUUAUGACGAAGCGCCCCAGUUAAUCAAGCUGUACAGAGAAUCUGGAUCUUUCAAAGAUGGUAGAGAGAAAGGAGAGCAGCAUUUGUAAUACGUUGACAUCAGAAUGAUAAGGGUGUUACUUGAUCUAGUUAAAUUCAUUGUAUUCAUAUUGGCUUUACUUUUAGUCAAAAAGAGCAUAUAAUCCAAUUUUUGUUUUCUUCUUGUGACAUGCUGUCUCUUGACUAAAGCACAGGCUCUGCAAUGUGAUGUAUAAUCAUGUAUCGAACUGUGAUCUCUGGCUUUGUUUAGUCUUGUUAAAACUCUGCAACUAGUUACCUUUGGUUGAUUUUAA